UCGAGCAACGAGUCGUCCGCCGCCAUCGACGCCGCGGGCCUCGUCACCUCCGACCGCCGCGGCGAAACGUUCGUCACCGCCCGCUUCGACACGCACACCGUGGGCAGCCAGGUGCUCGUGCUGCCGACCGACGAGCCGUUCGAGCCCAGGCCGGAGACGCCCGCCAAUUACGUCGACGAGCUGGUCAGCGCGAAGCUCCGCACGCUCCGCGUCCACCCCAGCGACCUCGCUAGCGACAACGAGUUUCUCCGCCGCGUCACGAUCGACAUCGUCGGGCGCCUGCCGACCGUCGCCGAGGUCGAGGCGUUCACCGCUAAUGAGGACCCGGCCAAGCGCACUGCGAAAAUCGACGAGUUGCUCAAGGACCCGGGCUUCGCCCAGGUGUGGGGCCUCAAGUGGGCCGAGCUGCUGCUCGUGAGGACGCUCCCCAACCGCGUCGAGUACAAACCGAUGUUCUUGUACUCACAGUGGCUCACCGAGCAGAUCGACACGGGCCGGCCGCUCGACGACAUGUUCGGCGACCUGCUAGCGGCGAGCGGCAGUUCGUUCACGACGCCGCAGGUCAACUUCUAUCAGAUCGAGCCCGACCCUAAGAAGAUCGCCGAAAACGUCGCCCAGACCUUCCUCGGCACCCGGCUCCAGUGUGCCCAGUGCCACAACCAUCCGUUCGACCGCUGGACGAUGGACGACUACUACGCGUUCACCGCGUUCUUCACGCAGAUCGGCCGCAAGACGGGGGAGGACUACCGCGAGGUGUUCGUCUUCAAUUCGGGUGGCGGCGAGUCGAAGCACCCGGUUGAUGGCCGGGUGAUGAAGCCGAAGUUCCUCGGCGGCGCCGAGGCCGACGUGAAGGGCCGCGACCGCCGCGAGGCGCUCGCGGAGUGGGUUACCGUCGCCAACCGCGUCUGGGCGCACUUCUUCGGCGUCGGAAUCGUCGAGCCGCUCGACGAUAUCCGCGUCAGCAACCCGCCGAGCAACCCCGAGUUGUUCGACGAACUGGGCGAGAAACUGAUCGAGUACGACUAUGACCUACGGCGUCUGGUGCGUGACAUAACCACCUCGAGGGCUUACCAGCGUUCGUGCGAGCCAAACGAGUCGAACGCCGGCGACACGCGCAACUUCGCCCGCUCGCACGCCCGCCGAAUGCCGGCCGAGACGAUGCUCGACUGCCUCAGCCAGGCGACCGGCGCGCCGGAGAAACUGCCGGGUCUUCCGCUCGGGUCUCGCGCGACACAGAUCGCCGACGGCAACAGUGGCAACUACUUCCUGACGACCUUCGGGCGCUCACGCCGGGAGUCGGUCUGCGCCUGCGAGGCCAAGACCGACCCGACGCUGUCGCAAGCCCUGCACCUGCUGAACGGCGCGACGGUCGCCGGCAAGAUCGACAGCGGCAAGCUUAUCGAGGGAUGGCUCGAGGCCGGCAAGACGCCCGUCGAAGUCAUCGACGCCAUUUAUCGCAGCGCUUUAGGCCGCCCCGCGACCGAAGAAGAGCGCGCCGAGCUAACGCCGCUCCUCGGCGAUGACCCCAAACCGAUCGAACCCUUGCGCGACAUCUUCUGGGCGGUGCUCAACUCCCGCGAAUUCGCUUUCAACCACUAA